UGUUUGAAAACCUUGAAAAAAAAAUAUAAAAAUUAUGGACAUUAGGUUGUUUAAGGUAAAGAAAUUUGUUUUAUUUUGCCCUUUAGCAAACGAGAGGUCGUACUGUACUUCGGUAUUUCAGAAACGCCCGAAACCUGUGAUGUUAACUGGUAGCUUGAGAUGCCCAAGGGGCCUUGUAAAUGCGCUUAGUUUGCAGUUCAAAAAAAAUCUAGUAGAUUGACUGAUUGAGGCAUCAAAAAUAUGGAGGACGCGAAGCACCUGCGUCUCAUCCUUCGUGAUUUCCUUACUCUCAAUGAAUGCAAGGAAUUGGAAUUCAUUCACAAGAGUAGCAGCACUGUGGGGUAUAGGCCCAACGUCUUCUCCACCACCCUCUCUCAUCUCAUCGCUACCAAUUGUCCCCACUUUAUCAUCCCUUUUGUUCCCAUCCGUGAGAGGUUGAAAGAGAAGGUAGAGGAGUUCUUUGGCUGUGAGUAUGAGCUCUUCGUGGAAUUCACUGGUUUGAUUAGCUGGAGUAAAGGAGCAAGCAUUGGAUGGCAUAGUGAUGAUAACAGGCCCUAUCUCAAACAAAGGGACUUCACGGCAGUCUGUUAUUUGAAUACUUAUGCAAAGGAUUUCAAAGGUGGACUCUUUCACUUCCAGGAUGGGGAGCCAACUACUCUUGUUCCCAAGGCUGGAGAUGUUGCAAUAUAUACAGCUGACAGCAGCAAUGUUCAUUCAGUUGAUGAGAUAACCGAAGGAGAAAGGCUUACCCUUACAUUAUGGUUUAGCCGUGAUAGUACCCAUGAUGAGGAUGCUAAACUCAUUUCCCUUCUAUCAGAAAACUUGUUAUGUAGUUCAAAUAAUGUGCCUGGGUCGAAGCUCCCUAUGCUAGCUUCCAGUAAUAUGUACUGGUUUUCACCAGAACCAGUGUCUAAUCAACAGUCAGGAUUCAAUAUUUGCUGUGCAAGAAUACAUCUGCUUGGGUUUGACAUUUAUUCUUCUCAAGAAAAGAGCUGCUUUUCAGAUAUCAUGAUACUCAUGGAGCCGGUUAAACUAGCAAGGGCAGAUGAGUUAUUUGAACAUGAAUUUGCCAAUAUUCUGCACUUACUUCAGGUGGUACAAUUCUAUUGUUGGAAAGCCUCGGAAUUGCUUAUUUCUUGCUUUGAAACUUGCAAGGUAAUACAAUUAUCACAAUCACAAAAGGAAAAUAUUAUUGCCUUGAAAUCUUUCGUUUUAAGGGACCAUCAGCUGGUGGAGAUGGUGUUCAGCUGUGUCAGUAACCGCCAGAAAUGUCAAGAUUCCUUUGAUUGGGCAAAAUUUUCUGCUGCAAUUAGUGCAUGGGAAGAUUAUACUCAUAAAUUACAUGAAGAGUUACUACUGAGCUUGCCAUACUGGAGAACAGAGCGAAUUAUAUACAGUGUUCCAUUUAAAGGUUCUUGACAAGGGAUUUUAAGUGAUUUAUAAAGUUAGCCACUUGAACUGCAGCAUUGGUCAAUUUUGUUGUUUGUCAAUUUCCUUCCCCUUGCGCUUUAAAUUUUUUUUUAUGAAUAUAGAUCUGCUCUAAGUUGGAUUUUCUAA